UCUAAUAUUUUUUCUUUGUUGUUGUUGUUCCUAAGGACUCCUGAAUAUAUCUGAAAACUGAACAAUUUCAGCCAAGCCGAAUCCUUCUGUCUUCCCUGGGGCACGAACCCAACUUAGCUGAGCCACAGCAGAUAUAAAUCAUCAUGGUGAAAAGCCACAUGGGCAGCUGGAUCCUGGUUCUCUUUGUGGUCACGUGGAGUGACAUGGGCCUGUGCAAGAAGCGCCCAAAGCCUGGAGGAGGAUGGAACACUGGGGGGAGCCGAUAUCCAGGGCAGGGCAGUCCUGGAGGCAACCGCUAUCCACCCCAGGGAGGGGGCGGCUGGGGUCAGCCCCACGGAGGCGGCUGGGGUCAGCCCCACGGAGGAGGCUGGGGUCAGCCCCACGGAGGCGGCUGGGGCCAGCCCCAUGGUGGAGGCUGGGGUCAAGGUGGUGGCACCCACGGUCAGUGGAACAAGCCCAGUAAGCCGAAAACCAGCAUGAAGCACGUGGCAGGAGCUGCUGCAGCUGGGGCAGUGGUGGGGGGCCUCGGCGGCUACAUGCUGGGGAGUGCCAUGAGCAGGCCCCUUAUACAUUUUGGCAACGACUAUGAGGACCGUUACUAUCGAGAAAACAUGUACCGUUACCCCAACCAAGUGUACUACAAGCCAGUGGAUCAGUACAGCAACCAGAACAGCUUCGUGCAUGACUGCGUCAACAUCACAGUCAAACAGCACACGGUCACCACCACCACCAAGGGGGAGAACUUCACCGAGACCGACGUCAAGAUGAUGGAGCGCGUCGUGGAGCAAAUGUGCAUCACCCAGUACCAGAGAGAGUACCAGGCUUCGUACGGCAGAGGGGCCAGUGUGAUCUUCUCCUCCCCCCCUGUGAUCCUCCUCAUCUCUUUCCUCAUUUUCCUCAUAGUGGGAUGAUGGCAGCCUUCCUGUUUUCAUCAUCUUCUUAAUCAUCUUUACCCAGUUGGGGAGGGGGUAUCUACCUGCAGCUCUUUAGUGGUGGUGUCUUAUUCUUGCUUCUCUCUUCGUCACCUGUAAGCUAACACCCUUGGCACUUGUCGCAGUAGAGAAUGGAGAGUAGACCUGGGAUGGUAUUUGUUCAAGCCCCAUUUGAUUGACUCCUUCAUGGGCCAGUGUUAGUGCUGGGCUGGUAUGAGGGUAACAGCGAAUAAUCGUCAGUUGAUCUAGGCUUAUUUUUUGUCUAAUGCAACAGAUUAAGGCUAAAACCAUUCUGAAAACAGCUUCAAAUACCUUUGCCUAAGUAUCUCCAGCUCCUUUUCCAGCUAGAGCUUAGUACACUAAUUCCCCCUUUUCACAGUGAUUUUUGUGGCAAUUUUCUGAUUCAUUUUAAGAAAAUCAGACUGCAUUUCCCUGUUCAAAUAGCAUUUCUACCAAAUUUGGAAGGAGACCACAAAAUACUCAUUCAGAAAACAAAACUUGAAGUCCUUAGCUCAUGAGCUCAACCCGGUGGAGAGCAUGUGUCCUGUGUCUGCAGAGGCUGCAAGGAUGUUUUGCAUUUUGCAGCACGGGUUACACAGCAGCUGUUGCAUUAAGAGUCAAGUUUUCAUGCAGCACCAGGCUUCUGGGCAGAGGACGUCUUCACAGGGAAUGAACACAAUUAACAUAAUGUGAAAGGCUUCUGAGUCUAAAAAACUCCAACACAGGGGAGAGGUGCCCUCAGAGGCAGCCUCCCAUUUUGGAUGUUUAAAGCACCUACAUGUGUCCUUUAGUAAUACAAACUAUAGGUAAUUAAGUGGUAGAAAAUUAAACUACCUUCUGGACACUAAGAGCAAAUAUCCUUUGUUUACGUAGAAACCGGAAUGAUUUUGACAUUGUUUGGAUGAAGCCAGGAGAUUUUUAACAGAGGAAGCUGCAGCUAUAAAAAUACCAUAUUUAUUCAAGCCCAGUUUGAUUGAAUGGUAGACCAAUACUAGUGUUGGACUUUUAAGAGUGUAACAGCAAAUAUAGAGGAUUAUAUAAUGAAGAAAAUGAGUAGCGUGCAAAGAAAAGAAAUGCUUGCAUUUCUUUAUUGCUGUCUCAUAAUUGUCAAAAACCAGAAUUAGGUUCUUAGUUUCUGUAAUUGGCUUUUUUUUUUUGUAAUUGGCUUUUGAAUCAAAGAGUAGGGAGGCAUUCCAAAAAAAAGCUUACGUUAGAGGUGAUAGAAAUAUGAUCCAUUCACAGUGGAAAAAGAAUUCUGUUACUGUUAUUUAAAUAAGGUAAAAUUGUUCCCUGGAUCGUCCAGUAUUGUCACCUAGCAGAUACGCAUUACUGUUUGGCUUGCACUUUGCGAGUAUCGUAUGUUUAAAAAAAUUAUGCAUAAAUAUAUAUAUAUACUGCAUAUGACAAACUUAGAAAUUUUGGUUAGAGCAGUUAACAUCGGAAGCGCUUUUGUAAGGUACUAAAUACGUAAUACUUAAAGGGGAAACCCUUUUGCGUGGCCCUUAGGCUCACAGCGUGCACUGAAUAGUUACAAGGAUCCAGAGUGGCACUUGAAAUACGCAUGUACUUUAUAUUUUCUAUAUUUUGUAACUUUGCAUGUACUUGUUUUGUUGUAUUAAAAGUUUAUAAAUGUUUAAUAUCUCACGGAAAUUAAAUAGGAGCUAAAAUGAG